AUGCCACAACUUUCAAGCUGCGCAAAAGAGAGAAUUAACUCUUUGCUUCAACAAAAGAAAUACAAAAUAAUUCAAAUAGUUGAGAUUUUAAAGAAAGAAGACAUUGUGACCACACGACAGACGGUUGCAAAAUAUAUACGGCGAUACGAUGAACCAGAAACGGCUAAUAUGCAAAAUAAAAAACCAAUUGGCCGACGACCAAAAUUAGAUCCUGAACAUCUCGACUUUAUCGAUGGCGAGAUGGAGAAAAAUGACGAGCUCUGUGCAAUUGGUAAGAAAACCAACCCUUUUAUCAUUUUUUAUUUGUGAAAGAAGCCAUAUAUGUAUACCAUACGUACAAAUAUUAUAAAUUAUGUAAUCUGGCGUAAAUUUUUAUAGUAAAAUUUCAAUUCUGUAUUUAGAUCUUCGAAAACUUAUCAUUGAACGAUUUGGAUUGAAUGUGUCGAUCUCAGUGCUGAAGCGAGCGAGAAAGAAUUUGGGAUGGAUUAAGUCUGGAGUUCGAUACUGCCAACUGAUCACUGAGAAAAAUCGUGUCAAGAGGUUGGCGUUUGCAAGAGAAUGCCUAGCACACUUUACGCUGUGCCAAUUUAGUUUAUGCUAUGCCAAUUAUACAUUGAUUGCUCAACCAUUCCGAAUUUGUCUUUGCCGUUGCAGUUUUGUAUGUUCCAAUCUACGAAUGAAUUGCUGGACCAUUUCAGUGUGA